CCGCCCCGCACGACCCCGUCAAGCGCUCCUUGGAAGGAAACCACCUUCCACACUCCACCCAAGCGCUGCACCGAGGAGUGACCGAGGAUGGAGGCCGCCGCCGCCGCCGCCUCCUCCCCAUCCAUGACCCCCUUCCGCCCCGCGCCCCGCGUCGCCUGCUUGGCUCGCUCGCGGGUGGCCGCGACGCCCCUCAGGGCCGUGCCGCUGAUGCGGGUGGCGCCCGAGUCGCUGCAGGCCGCGAGCGGGUCCCUCGUGGGCGUGCCGAGCCGCGGGACUGGGGACCUGGACGGGCCCGGCGCCAUGGAGUACCUGACGGCCGUGCUGGCCUCCAAGGUCUACGACGUGGCCGUCCAGACGCCGCUGGAGCGCGCCGGCAAGCUCUCCGAACGCCUCGGGGUCGACCUCCACAUCAAGCGCGAGGAUCUGCAGCCUGAGCCGGCAUUUUCAUUCAAGUUGAGGGGUGCAUAUAAUAUGAUGGCAAAGCUCUCCCAAGAGCAGUUAAACAACGGCGUUAUCUGCUCCUCUGCUGGAAACCAUGCUCAAGGAGUUGCUCUUUCUGCCCAAAGAUUGGGCUGUCAUGCCGUUAUUGUCAUGCCUGUGACAACACCAGAAAACAAGUGGCGAUCAGUGGAGAAACUGGGUGCGACAGUCGUUCUCAAAGGAGAUUCAUAUGACGAAGCUCAAUCAUAUGCAAAACUACUCUGUGAGGAGGAAGGCCUCACAUUCAUACCUCCUUUUGACCAUCCCGACAUUAUUGCUGGACAAGGAACUGUUGGCAUGGAAAUUGUUCGCCAAUUGCAAGGUCCAUUACAUGCAAUAUUUGUACCUGUGGGAGGUGGUGGAUUAAUUGCUGGAAUUGCUGCCUAUGUGAAACGGGUCUGCCCUGAGGUCAAAAUAAUUGGAGUGGAGCCCUCAGAUGCAAAUGCCAUGGCAUUGUCCUUGUUUCAUGGCCAGAGGGUCAUGUUAGAACAUAUUGGAGGGUUUGCUGAUGGUGUAGCUGUCAAAGUUGUAGGCAAGGAGACAUUUCCCUUGUGUCAAGAUUUUGUAGAUGGCAUUGUCCUGGUCAGCCAAGAUGCUAUCUGUGCUUCAAUAAAGGAUAUGUUUGAGGAGAACAGGAAUAUCCUUGAGCCUUCUGGGGCCCUUGCCUUGGCUGGGGCUGAAGCUUACUGCAAAUACUACGGUUUGAAAGGGGAAACUGUGGUUGCAAUAAGUAGCGGUGCAAAUAUGAACUUUGAUACACUUAGAUUAGUAACCGAGCUUCCUGAUGUUGGUCGAAAACCAGAAGCGGUAUUACCUACAUUUUCGCCGAAGGAGCAGGGAAGCUUCAAAGAGUUUGCAGAACUGGUUAGCCGGAUGAAUAUUACCGAAUUCAAACACAUAUAUGAUUCUCAUGGAAAAGAAGCCCUUGUUCUACACAGCGGAAGUGAUGACGUCGGAGAUGAACCGGUCGAGGCCAAACCUGUAGAAGCUGGAGACGAUGGCAAGGAAUGUGAGGAUAGCUGUAGACCGUGCGGGGAGGGGGAAAAGCCGCUGGCGUGGCUGAACGCCCGCGUGGUCACCACCACCGGGAUCAUCAACCUCAUGACGGCGGGGCUUGGCUUGUAUGUGAAAGCGCACCACCCAAGUGUGCUUGGGCUGGUGGUCACAUGCUGGGAGGCCUUGCCGCUCACCAUGGUGCGCGUCGUCCUCGUGUCUGGCCUCGGCGCCGCGCUCGCACUAGGCGUCUUGCUCAUGUAUGCCGGCAUCAAGAUGAGCCUACAGGGGGGUCCCCGUCCCGCUCGGCCUAGUUAGUGUACGUCUAUUUUGCCUUUAUUUACUGCUGUUAUAUCUCUUAUCAUUGUGCGUGCAAUAUGUGCAUCAAUUAAUAUUGAUCGGACGGAGUAGUAUAUAUUGUUUAGAAAAAAGAAAGAAAUAAACAUGUGAUGAUGAGUUGACGGAGAUGACGGAGCACCACCCCACAUUGUGUAUAUGUAUAUAACUGAGGCAUGACCCCGAAGGCAAAACAUGUAUAAGAAUAUAUAUAUAAGUGGGGCGCCCACGCUACAAUAAGAACUACAGUUGUAAA